AUGUCAACUAAGGGUACUACUUAUUUUAGUAUCCAUGUCACCUCCUUGCCUAUGUCUCAUCGGGUUGUUCAAUUUGAAGCAACCAGCAAGGAUAAGAUAUACCCCAGUGAUCAAGAGGGCCCACAACUUACUCCAGCAGGCCGGUACAAUGAUGUCCUUGGGAUGGUUGGCACUGCCCCGAUGCAGGCCUUUCCACAACCUCCUACUACAAAGUCUGAUCGACACGUAGAGAUUGCUGAAGGGAGCUUCUACGUGGAGACGGAACUAGAAGGGGAUAAUGCACUAGGCCAACUGAUAGGGUAUUAUGCGGAAUCCCUGCAUGUGCAUGAUAUCUCGGUACCAGCUAUUCUACCUGGACACUAUGGGUGGAGCCUUAGGUGGUGCUGCAUGGAGAGGUGCCCGAACUUGGAUACCGGCAUCUUUUCGGAUUCCUAUGUUUUUUCUAAAUUGGAGACCUUCUGGGCAUCACAUCUCCUAAUGGCCCGCUGGAUUUGGAGUACAAGGUCGGUCAACAGUGCUCGAUUCGAGAAUCUGCAGCACAUACACCUGCGCUCCUGCACCAGGCUACAGGUCGUGCUUGCAGGGUGGUUCACCAACUUGCCAAGUUUGGAGACCCUCCAUAUCAUCCACUGUGGCGACCUCAGCCACGUCUUCAUAUGUAAUCGGCAAGAUAAGGACACCUAUAAUUCACCCUUCCUGAAGCCAGAUAAAGUCUACGAGGAAUCAUUCCCAAAGUUGACUAGCAUCCACCUACACGACCUCCCGAAGCUGCAGCAGAUAUGUGACGUCAAGAUGGAGGCACCUGCACUCAAGAGCAUCAAGAUCAGGGGAUGCUGGGGCCUGCGCAGGCUGCCAUCCGUGGGUGCCCGUGGCCAAGGCGAGAAGAAGCCGGCCGUCGAGAUCGAGAAGGACGUGUGGGAUGCUCUGGAGUGGGACGCGGACCACCGUCCUGACCACUUCGAGGCACUGGUCCACUCACGCUACUACAAGGAGAAGCUGCCCAGGGUUUCCGUCCUCAGGUGA